AUGAGGCGUAACAUGACGCAGAAUUGGUUUAGGCCUCACCCGUUUGGUGUAUAUCCACGGGGAAAUGCAAGGGACCCUUUGGAUUUAACUAUACCAAGAUUUGGGACCCUUUCUUCUUUACAGGGUGCAGCCAAAGGUCAAAUUGUAAAGUCUGGUAUUUCUGGAUGUGAACCCACAGAGGAGGCUUUUCUUGAUCUGAUUCUUCACUUGCUCUCUUUCUGCUCAGUGGAUGAUAUAUGCCGAAUCUCAGGAAGCUGCACAGGAUGGUAUUGCCUUAUUCAUGCCUCAGAUGCCUUUAAACAGGCAUAUGGAUUAAUAUCCCCAAAUUACUUGCGAUUUCGUAGAAGUUGGAAGGACUCUGCUAUUCAAUGCUUUCUUUCUUUAAAAGAUAAAACAUCCUCUGAUGAUAAAAAUUGUUUAUUGACAAGAAAGAAUUCCUCUGCUUUCUGUACUGAUAAUAAUAAUGAUGAUGAUGAUGAUAAUAAAAUGACUAAAAUUUUUAUACAUCGUCCAUUUGCAGUGAAACGAGUUUUUUUUAAUGAUCAAUUGUUUCAAGCUUGGUUAUGCACAAUUCUUCCUUGUCAUUAUCAUCUUCGACCAGCUAUUAAAACUACUGUUCAUGAAGAAGAUGCAGCAUGGCCAAACGGAGCUAACCCCAUUCAAGAAGCACCUCGUUUUCGUACUGCACUUAAGGAAGUACCACGGUGUAGUGGAUUGACACCAAAUGAAUUUCGUAAGCGCUUUGAAGAACCAAAUUUACCAGUUAUUCUUACUGAUGUAGCUGUUAAUUGGCCUAUGUUUCGUAUUCUUGAAGGGAAUUUUAAAAAUCUUGCUACAAAGGCUAAAGAAUUAUUUCGUUCAAAUGCUUCUCUAGAUGUACCUAUGCGGUGUGAACAUACCACAAUGACAGUUUCUGAUUAUGUUCGGUAUGCUGUAGAGCAAUCGGAUGAACGUCCUAUUUAUAUGUUUGAUGCUGAAUUCGGUACUUCUAUGGCAGCAGAUUCGCUUUAUACAGUUCCCGAACACUUUGGACGAGAUGAUUUCUUUAAAGUUUUGGGUAAAGAACGUCCAAAGUAUCGUUGGAUUAUUGCAGGUCCAAAACGUGGUGGAAGUAGUUUUCACGUGGAUCCUAAUUACACCAAUGCAUGGAAUGCUAACUUAACUGGUAGGAAGCGAUGGAUUUUGUUUCCUCCUGGUUGUACUCCUGCUGGCGUUUUUCCUAGUGAAGAUAUGUCUGAAGUCACAACACCGGUUUCACUUACGGAGUGGUUAUUAAACCAUUAUGAUGCAACUGUGGAAAAGUGGAAAGGUGUUGGUUAUGAAUGCAUCUGUGAACCUGGUGAUAUUAUGUUUAUUCCUUGUGGUUGGUGGCAUUUUGUAAUUAAUUUGGAGGAUUCUGUGGCGAUUACACAAAAUUACGUUUCUGAGUGUAACUUACCAAGUGUCAUGAAAUUUCUUUCUGCCAUGAAAUCAUCUAUUAGUGGUAUUGAUGAGGAUGCGGAUAACACUGUAGGGGCAAUGGUUGAAAAGCGACGGGCCAACUUUGCAGAUGAGUUUGCAGCAGCUAUGCAUUCAUCCUUCCCAGACCUUAUGAAGCGAGUGGAGACUGAUCUUGAAAAAGAAGCGCAACUUCGACGAGAGAGAAAGAGAACUCAUGUAACUGCAUUACCUUUACUAGAUGCAGAAGCAGAUGGGUUUACAUUUAAUUUUUGA